CCUUUUGUCGUCAUUAAGAUUUUCGAAUACUGUUCGGUGAGUUGCGGAGGUUGUCGUGUCCUUCAUUUGACAUUGUCUACUAUCGAUCGAUAGAAGAACUGAUUCUCCGCAUUAAGUUUCUCACGUAAUCCUUUCGUCGAUUUCACUACUGUCCAGUAUUGUAUAAAGCCGAUUACAGUGUCGUAGACACUUCAACAUUAGCAAAUGUGUCUUUCUAUUUUUACUCACAAGGAAGGUUUGCACAAAUAGUUAUAAAUAACAUUUGAAUAACUUUUUUUUAUGUUAGAUUAAAACGUUUUAUAGCAUAUCGAGAGAGAAUGACAAAAAUUAAAGUUUUUGUGACUAGGAGAAUACCGAAACCUGGACUUGAUAUAUUACUACAGGAUUGUGAUGUACAGUUCUGGGACAGCGAUGAAGCCAUUCCGCAUGAGGAACUUCUCAAGAAAGUCAAAGGUGUAGGAGCUUUGCUGUGCAUGCUGACUGAUAAAAUUGAUGAAGAAGUACUAGCAAAAGGAGGCGAAAACCUGCGUAUUGUGUCGACCAUGUCAGUAGGUUAUGAGCACAUUGAUCUUGAAGCUUGUAAAAGUAGAGGGAUAGCUGUAACGAAUACACCAAAUGUGUCGACUGAUAGUGUGUCAGAACUGACGGUGUCUCUUCUUCUGCUGGUCGCCAGAAGACUAUAUGAAGGAAUACGUGCUGUACAUGGAGGAGAAUGGGGUAAAUGGAAACCUAUGUGGCUAUGUGGAGUAGAAUUAACAAACAAAACAGUUGGAAUCCUCGGACUUGGUCGUAUAGGAUACGGGGUGGCUAAACGACUGAAACCUUUCGGAAUUGAGAGAAUUAUUUACCAUGAUGUCUGCAGAGUCAGUUACGCUGACGAUAUUGGUGCUUCAUAUGUAGAUUUUUCCACUUUGUUGAAUGAUUCUGACGUCAUUUGUAUCUGUUGUAACUUAACUCCACAAACCAAGCACAAGUUCAAUACGAAGGCUUUCGAAAAGAUGAAGAAUAGUGCAGUUUUGGUUAAUUCUGGGAGAGGCGGAGUAAUUCAACAUGAUGAUCUAUAUGAAGCAUUACGUACAAACUCUAUUGCUGCUGCCGGAUUGGAUGUUACUGAACCGGAACCACUUCCUAAAGAUCAUCCGUUAUUGACAUUAAACAACUGUAUUGUUCUUCCACAUAUGGGUAGUAAUACGUGGGAAUCAAGAAACAGUAUGUCGGAAAUUGCUGCAAAUAACAUUAUGGCUGUUUUAAAAGGUACAACUGCAGUAGGUGAAGUUAUUCCUCCGCGAAAGAACGGUCUAUAAUAGAAAAUGUACUACAUGAACCACAUUGUUAUUUAUAACGUUAUUUGUCUCCGAUUGUCGUAUUUGUAAUCGAUUCAGAAAAUACUUGUGUACCUAUAUUAUACAUUUUAUCAAUUCCAUCAGCGUAUUUUACAGACCGGGUAUGUGGUUGAUGUUGUCAGUUACUUUGCAUUUUCAAAAGAGUUCACCAAGACGUUAUUUCCAUCUAAUGACAUGACGUUAUUUCCAUCCAAUGACGUCACGUUAUUUUAAGGUGGAUCAUUGAUAUAUAUUUUCUCAGAGAGGAUUUUCUUAUACAUUGCCAAAAUGUAGAUUUUGCCAUGCAUUUUUCAAAAAUAUAAUAAAAGUUAUGGGUCACCGUGUUAUAUUUCAAGCUACAAAUCAUGCAAAACUGGCCAAAUUUGUAUAGAUUAUUCAUGAAAAAACACUUUUUUGUGAAUAAAAAGAAAUCUAUGAGAUUGAAUUUUGAAAUAAAAUAUGAGAAGAUAGGU